CGCGCCUGUCCCCGCUCCGGGACCGCCGGCACAGCGUGAACAACCACCCGGGCGAGGGUGAAACAGCCCCCGAGCGCACAGCGAACCAGCAGCCGGGCCAGGAGUGAACCCGCUACCGGGCGCGCCCCCCGCCCUCCUUCCCUCCUCCCUUCCUCCCUCCCUCCCCUCUUCCUUCCCCUCCCUCCCCGUCCCUUCCUCUCUCCGCCUGGUGCCGCCACCGCCGAGGAGGAGGAACAUGGCGAAAGCGGAGCAGGUCCUGAGCCUCGAACCGCAGCACGAGCUCAAAUUCAAAGGUCCUUUCACAGAUGUGGUCACCACAAACCUGAAGCUCGGCAACCCCACGGACAAAAAUGUGUGCUUCAAAGUUAAGACCACAGCACCACGUAGAUACUGUGUAAGGCCCAACAGUGGAAUUAUCGAUGCAGGGACAUCAAUUAAUGUUUCUGUGAUGCUACAGCCUUUUGACUAUGACCCUAAUGAGAAAAGUAAACACAAGUUUAUGGUUCAGUCUAUGUUUGCUCCAAAUGAUACUUCAGAUAUGGAAGCAGUAUGGAAAGAAGCAAAACCGGAAGAACUCAUGGAUUCGAAACUUAGGUGUGUGUUUGAGCUACCAGCAGAAAAUGAUAAGCCUCAUGACAUAGAAAUAAAUAAAAUUGUAUCCACAACUGCAACAAAGACAGAUUCCUCUGUAAUGUCUAAAUCACUAAGUUCUUCUUUGGAUGACACUGAAGUUAAGAAAGUAAUGGAAGACUAUAAGAGGCUUCAAGUAGAAGUUCAGAGGUUACGGGAGGAGAAUAAACAGUUUAAGGAAGAAGAUGGACUGCGGAUGAGGAAGGUACCCCAGACAAACAGCCCAAUAUCUCCUUCUGCAGCUGCUGUCAAGGACGAAGGGCUCAGCUCCAGACUACUUGCUUUGGUGGUUUUGUUCUUUGUCUUUGGUGUAAUUAUAGGAAAAAUAGCCUUGUAGAGGCAGCAUGCUGGAAAUUGUAAAUUGGUUUGAUGGUUCUGCCAUAUCAUUGGAUUAAAUUUAUUCAUAACAAUGUUUAAAAAAAAAAAUUAAUGUAUGACAUCUCACAGGUCUUGCCUUUAAAUUACCCCUGCACAAAUACUAUGUAACAUAAUCUAGAAAGUUCAAAAUGUACAGUGAGGAAAUGAAUGAAAGAGAAUAUGCUUCAGUGAUGAAGGGGGGAGAAAAUCCUGAUUUAACACUACAAUGGAAUAUUGUAUAUGUCAUUUUAAACAUUCUUAGACCCUGGUACAUGUUGCUGGAUUACCUCUUUUUUAAAAAAAAAAGAAAAAAAAAAGGAAAACUAGAAAAAACCUCUUCCUCCACUGCUGGAGCUGGCCCUAGGGAUGUUUGGAGCUGGGUUAGGCAGGAGGUGUUGAUAACUUCUGUAAAAUACGUUAAUCCACCAUUCUGCUCAUGAAUUUAACAGUUUCUGUCGGUGUCUUCAAUCUGUGCAAGUUACCAAUUUCUUGGCACUUAUCUGAGUAGUGAGAAGCUGCAAAGGCAGCACUGAGGGAGCUGGGCAGCACCGAGGGGCUCGUUCAGAAUAAAGCUCAACGCCUUGUUCUCACCAAGGGACCAAGCUGCAUUGCUGUUGGUUCAUUUAGUUGAAUUAAAAUUGUUCUUCAGAGAUGUUUAAUGCAUAUUUGACUUAUUUAAUGUAUUUCAUCUCAUGUUUCCUUAUUGUCAUUGAAUUUGACUAAGAUUUUGUGGUAUGAAAAAGGCGCCUGUUCAAAGCCAGUGAUGAGAACUAAAAAUUUGCUGCUGUAGUGGUGCAAGGUUCUUCUGCCUCCUGAUGUUUGGGGCACUACACAACUGAUGGGAGUUUUGAUCAUCUGAGCAUUGGGGGAAACAGUGGUCAGGAAACUGUUUUUGUAUGUAAAUAAGUCUAUCUAGGGGAGAAACAAAAAUAUUAGUAGUAAAUUAGUCCUAUGCCGUAAAAAGACCAAUCUUGUUUGACUAUGUAGCAUCUUAAAAAAAAAAAAGAAAAAAAAAAAAGAAAAGAAAAAUGAAAUAAAGCCCCCAAAUUAAUGUUUCCUUUGUUACUUUUGUCCUGUUCUCACAGUUUUAGUGGUGGGGAGGAAACAGCGUUUUCUUGUCAGCUUUGUUCAUGGCAUAAGGAAAGUUGCGGUCGUAUUUCAGGGUGAAUUUCUUUUUUUUCAGACUGAUUUUAAAGUCAAACCAAACCACUCCAUUGUGAGCCUGCCACACAAAAGUUGUUCAGAGUAACCACGCUGAGGUACAAGGUAACAUCCCACUUCCCAGGUUAGUUGGGUUCAGUUCAGACACCUGACAGCACCUUUAGAGUAAGGUGAUUUUGUUUCUAAACUUCCUUUUACCACAAGGUGUAUAAACUGUGUUUUACCACAAUGGAUUCAGUAGAUGAAACAGUUCUUGAGCUGGUAAAUUCACAUUAUUCUUAAAUGGUAGACCCAAAAACAUUGAGUGAUGAAAUUUUUUGAAGCAUUAAAAGAUGAAGCUGAGUCUUUAAAAAAUGGCUUCAGUCAUCCCUUCCCUGUUCCUGGGUUCUGUGAGAAAGCUCUGGGGGCUGCAGCCUGUCUGCUGCACUCUGCACCUUUGGUUGUCCCACUGUGUCUCAAGGGCUUCCUCCUCUGCAAGUGCAAAUAAGUGAAAUUUUACCUGAGACUUAAUAAGAAAAUAGGUGGAAAACCCCCCUGUAACUGCUGUGUUCAGCUCAUGGACAGGAGUCUGGAGUAUUUCCAGGAGGUUCAACAGAAAGGAGAGGAGUAUUUUUAGCAUUUUGAAGUGCUGGUGCCUUGUCUGCUCAGAGGGAAGGGACAGAGCCACUGCAGCCUGGCUGCAGAGGGCAGGGCAGGUGGGAGAGGAGAUGGAGAGGGCAAAGCAGGGAGUCUGUGGGACAAAUUGGGCAGAAUUAUCUAGAAAAGAGACUGCCUGGGCAGUAGAAGCUGAAGAAAACUUUCUAAUGAAGCAUUCUUUUCAGAAAGACAAGGUUGUGAGUGAUACUGCAAAAUUAAUUUUCAUGGCUUUGAAGACUAUAUUUGAGAAAACCUUUGCUGAAGGGAGACUGAGAUAUGAAGUAGGGCUUUUUUUAGGGGCUGUAAAUAUCUUGUUCUCUUAUCAGAAUUUCUGAUUCACUUUGAAAAAAACAAGUUUUUUUGAGAGUCCUUUGUUCUGCUUAAAAACAGCCUAAAAGAGGUUAGUUAAAAAAACAAAUCGCUGUCUUUGCAGGAUAGAGGGGAAGGAUUGAAGGUUUAAACUGGUCUCCUGUGAGGAUAUCUGUAGUAAAGUUCCAGGCAGGUUUUACACCCAGUGUAAGCUACCACAGCUGCCUUUGCUGGCCCAGGCCCUUCCCCAGAGCUCAGCAGCCACUUCUGGGUGAUCUGUGCCAGCCUGGAACUGUCGAUGGUUCAUGGGCAAAGUUGUUCUGCUGUUUGCACUCCAGGAUCAUAAAGAGGACCCAGAAAAUCCUCUCAUGCUUUUCCAGAUUCCCUUCAAACACUGAUCAAGGAGACCAGGAGAGGAUUGCAGUGUUGGUGACAGCUGUAGCCUGCAGCUGGGCUGACCCACACCAUCAGUCCUAAACAAGACUCUUAAAUUAACUGCUUGUAUUCUGGAAUUUAACAAAAUUCUGAGGUUUUCACUCACCAUUUUUGACAAGAGCCCAAACACAGUAGCCCUGAAUUGUCUGGGUAAUGCUUUGCCUUGCUGAGCUUGAAAUAAAGUGACUGAUCAGGGGAAUUCUCACUCCCUGUUUGACCAAACCCUUCUUUCAUAGGCAGUAGAGAGAAAUCUUAAGGAUUUUUUUUCUUCCAAGGUUCCUGAAAGGCCAGUUUGUAGAUAGAGUGCAAAUAGAGAUUGGAUGGAUAUUCUUAAGCCACCUGGCUCUUUUUGUAAGUUGUUCCUUUCAUGGCAACACAAGACCAAAUGUUCUCAUGAAGUAUUCACAAAAAGUGAAUUAUUCUGAAGGACAUUGUACAUCUUAGGAAGUUGUGCACAAAAUGUAGAGUUUCUAAAUAAGAUUAUUGUCUGGGGUUCUCACACAACAUCAGAUAUUAGAAACCUGUGAUUGAUUCAUGGUAGUAGAAAUCAAGUUAUUACUAAUCUAAUUAUUGUCCUUGCUGUUACUUUAAGAUGACCACUUGCACAUUUAUUGUUGAUUUCUGUAACACCCAGUAGAGGAUGCUUGGCGCACUCUUCGGGCGAAUUUGGGAUAAACAGAAACCUGCAAUGUCUUGAAGCCUAGAGCUGGGAAACGAAUGGAAAAUGGUUUCUUCUAUUUUUAUGUAGUUCUCCACAUCUUAAAGCAAAUCCUGCGUGCAUGAAUGAUCAAAACUUUUGCAUUGGCAGCUGGGAAUGCACAGCUGGAACAGCUGCACGUGCAGCCAGGACCAGCUCAGGUCCUGGGGGCUGAACAGCAAGAUCAUGUCAUGUUGUUAUGUUGAGGGGAUUGAUGUACCACAAUGUCAUUUUCUAAAAAUACAGGAUUGUAAAGCUCGAUGGUGGUGUUACUUUUUCCUCCUGAAAUGCUGUUAGUGGGAUAAAGUUGGAACUUCACUUUGCAAUUCACUAAAAUUUCUUUUCAUCAAUAAACUAUGAAGGGUUUGUAUCUGC